AAGAUAUGCUAUUAAUCUAGUAAUUUCAAAUCUGUGGUCCAUCGGGGUUGGAUCAUAGCCUGAAACACAUACUCAUCUAGUGAUUGCCAUAUUCUACUUUGUUUUGAUGAAAUUUUUGGCCCAUGGACCAUCUUAGUUUUAACCGUCUAUUUGAUAGCAAUGAUGGGCGCUACUGCUUGGACGGCCAGGAUUGAUACAAAUGUAUGGUGAGUGAGACACCACAACUUAAGAAAAGGUAGAGAGCUACAAUUUAUCCUCUAAGCGAAAAGCCAAUGGACGGCUUGUCUUUCCAAUUAUUUCCUUCUUGUCUCCACGCAUGUCUCUCAUCCCUCAUCGAACUUCUAUAACUAGCCUCCUUAAUCACCUUUCCUUGAAUGAGAAACCAGAUACACACACACAAAGAGAGAGAGAGAGAGAGAGAGAGAGAGAGAGAGAGAGAGAGAGAGAAUGAUUAGGUUUAGAUCAAGAAGGUUUUGCAGGAGUAAUUCUAAGGUAGGUGGUGGGGGCCAAGGUGGCAGGGACGGUAGAGAUUGCAUCAGCAGCGGUGAUAUCAAGUGGGAACUAAGGCCGGGCGGCAUGCUUGUACAGAAAAGAGAGAAUGAAGCAAGUGUAGGAGAAGGAAUGGUGACAGUAAAAGUAUGGAGUGGGUCCCACUUGCAUGAUGUCUCCAUUGAAGCAACUUCCACCUUUGGCCAAUUGAAAAUGAUUUUGGCUUUGAUCACUGAUUUGGAACCAAAGGAACAAAGGCUAUUGUUCAAAGGCAAGGAAAGAGAGGAUGAUGAUUUUUUACACAUGGUUGGAGUUGAAGACAUGGACAAGGUGCUCUUAUUUGAAGACCCAGCGAACAAACAUAGGAAACUGGUCGUUGGGAAGAAUUGCAGGACCAUUAUCGUCUGAUUUUUUUUUUUAAUUUUUUUUCAUUGUUUUAAUCACUAACAAUGUUUCAAGAAAUUGAUGGGACUACUCAUUUGUAA